GCUAAACGGCCCUAAACCGUUUCCCAUUCAUUUCCAAUGGUAGUCCUAAACCACUACGGACGCAAUAUAUUUUUGACCACUAUGCCGUGGUGGCGCUGUCCAAUCUCAUGUCCGGGAGUGACACGCCCCCCUCCUUGCUUGGAUUCAGAAGAAGGCAACUUUCCGGCUUUUCGACUGAGAUUUUUAGGAGAAAUUACCGGCGUUACGCGGAGAAGGGGAAACAUAUCAAAGAAAAGCGAUAUCUUCACAUCCAUCCUUCUUCAUUUUAUUAGGUCAAAAUGAAGAAGACCAUUUUUUAUCCAGGGAGACGAAGUGUGGUUUUCCGCAAGGGGCCUCUUGGCUUCCUUCUUCAGGAUCCCUCUCCUGAGGCCAAGAAGAUAAAAAAUAAUCCCAGUCUGUGGGACAAGUCUGAGCCUAAGAGAGAGGAUGUUGUGCGGCAGAAUGCUUUGACUGUGGUCCUGGAAAGAGGAGGGGAUGUCACAGAUGUGUCAGAGGUCCUGGGAGAUUACAGCCUCCAAUUUGGAAAGUACAAAGGGAAGUGUUUCCGAUGGCUCUUGGAAAAUGGUGCAGGUUACACUUUGUACCUCAUCAGAAACCUCCAGAAGGAGGAGGAAGCUGGGAUCUGUAUAACUGAGAGCCUUAGCAAAGUCAACCUGUUAACUUUUGUUAAAUAUGCUCUCAGUUUUAAAGAGAUUAAAGAUGCCCUGGACUAUGAAGCCAGCAAAAUUACAGCAGCCUCUUCUGAAGAUGACCAGCUGGUUGGUUUUGGCUCUCGGGCCAAGAGCACUUGGAAAGAAAUUUGGGAUGGAAGAGAAGAUGGCUAUGCUGAUUUCAUACUGAAGAAGAGCUGCCUUCAUGGGACCAGGAUGCAGAAGCUGCAGCAGUACCUGCUCAAGAAACAACAGUCCUCCUCCAGUCAAACCAACACACCAUCCGGUGAACCAGAUAAAUGUCUGGUGAUGGAGGAGGACGAAGGAUUGGAGGCUGCAAUGCUAAACAUCUCACCCUCUAAAAUCUUGAGCAGUAAACAGACUAUGGUUUCGAUUGCUGACAUUCUAACAUAUGUUCUGCUUGCACUUAGUUUCUCUCACACAUUUGUCUCUGUGUACACAGUGUCAGGGUCAGCGGACACAGAGAGAACCCCCGUGUCAAAAGCAUCUUCAAGAGCAAAGACAGGUUUUCCUUCAAAUCGGAGGUUUCAGAACUGGAGUGUUAUUCUCUAAUAUGAUGAAUAACCCUCCAACCCUGAGCCUUGACCAUGUUCUUGUGUUCUGGCCAUGUUCCGGUCAAGUUCCUGUUACAAUAUCGCUGUUUGCGACCGUUACUCUGCAUGUCAAAGGACUAUGAAUUGAUGGAGAUGCUGGUGAGUAUAUAUUUCAAUUCUGCAUGCUUACCUUUUUUUUUUUUUUUUUUGUUACUAACAGCAUGUUUAUUUAAGUGCUGUUGUUCCUCCUGCUAAAGCUAACAGUCAAGUGUUCAAUUUGUAGGCUGUUUUGUUUCCCACAUUUGGAAAUGACCUUCUAAAUAUUUUUAGAAGUCUGAUGAGCAGAAGGAAUAAAAGUACAACUUUUUGAGUUUUCACCAACGCCAUCUGUUGAGUUCAGUUGUGAUUUACACAGUGACUGAUAUAUUCUCUUCAUUUAGGACCAACUGCAACGGUAUCCAGGCCUUCUGACGCAUCAGGUGAACCAGAAUCCUCAACAGCUGACAUCCUGGCAAUCACACAAAAAAUGCCGGUGGCCCUUCCAUCACAGCUGUCAUUUAUGGUGAAGGAAACAGCAAGUGCAAAAGAAUCAGAGGUUAAAGAUUCCAGUCCAAGUGCAGCUUCAACCUCUGCACAGAGAGUCCUUUCCUUUGCAGACAGUGCUGAAGACACUUCCUUAGCUCAGCCACCUUUUGAUGUGCCCGUGAUUCAGCAUGAUCAUGGCAGGGAAAUACAUAUAUUGUCCUGCAAAGGUUCUGUCCAUGUACAAGUCUCAGGGUAUGGCUAAGGAGAUGACUUGGAAGGAAUUCUGCAAAUCACCUUUUUAUGAGGCAGAGCGACAAAGAUGGGUGGCUGAAAAGAAAAAAUAAAUAUUACAUGGUUCUAUUGAGAUGUUUAGGUAUUCUAUUAUUAUUCUAUAUUCCAUAUAUUUAUAUAGAUAAAAAAAAAUCUAAAUAUGCUGUAAAUAU